GGCACCCGCCAGCACUUGAUGGCUGGCAGACUGCGACAGAGCUUUACACCAAGAUGUUACGAAUUUUCCUGGUGCUCCUGUUGGCUUCAGCCUCAGUCCUUGGGGAAUUCUAUGGCCCCCCACACGUCACCCACGUGGACCCUCACUUCAACCCCCUAUACGGACCCCCCAACCCCGCGUACGGUCCCCCAGAAGCUGCAUACGGGGCUCCCGUACACGAGCCAGCCCCAUGCUACCCCAAGACCGUAUACGAGACGAUCUUCAAGACCAACUACGAGAAGGUGCCGGUAUACUCAACUGUAUUCAAGCCUCAAUACAUCCCCACGACGUAUUACGAAACAAUAUACAAAACUGAAUACGACACGAAAGUUGUUCCCGAAUACAUACCACAAUACAUAACAGAGACUAAAUUCAUCAACAAACACAUCACUGAAGUAGCUUAUAAAACCAUAUUCAAAACAGACUACGAAAGCGUUUACUUAACAGAAACUAUAUACAAGCCCGAGUACAUCACUAAGACAGCGUAUGUGACUCAAUAUGAGACACGCUAUCAGCCGCAGUACAUUACUGAAACUGAAAUACAGCCUGUACACAAAACUAAGGUAAUUUACAAAACUAAAGUAUUGUACCAAACCAAGUACAUCGAGAAACCGGUCGUCCAUAAACCAAUUUACGAAGGCUACGAAACCUAUGGAGGUUUCGGAGGAUCUGGAUACGACGUUGGCCAUGAUUUAAAAAUUGGUACCGGUCUUGGCAUCGGACCGAAAUCCAAACCAGGUGUGGGUGGGAUUGGUUUCAGUGAUGAUCUUAAAUUUGGAACGGGAUCUCUUGGAUUGAAGGACGAUCUGAGUCACGCUGGCCUUAGUUUCACCGAGCAUCUGCCUCUCGAUGUCGGUCAUGGGACGACGCCACUACAUGGUGGUCUGAAGACUGGUGAUCUCGCCAGCGAGUUGCAGUUCGGAGGUCUAGAGGGCGGGUCUGACCACGGUAGUUUAGUUGGCCUAGAAGAGUCCCUGCAGUUCGGUGGAGGCUUAGGAAUCGGCGACGAUUUGAAAAAUUCCGCCCUUGGUGCUCAUUUGGGUGGUGAUUUGAAACUUGGGGAUGGAUUGAAAAGCCAACUGGGAGGAAGGUUCGGAAGCAACUUUGGUCUUGGAACUGAACAUGUAGGUGAACUUGGUAAAGACCAAUUGAAGUUUACAGAUGGCUUGAGCUCCCAAUUUGGAUUCGAUGGCUCUAAGCUUGGAGGCGUUCAUGGCUUGGGAGCAAAGGCCUUUGCUACAGGAAUCGGCUCAGGAGGCUCUGGCUCACAUGCAGGUUCGCUUGGCCACGGUCUUUCCUUAGGAGCUUCAGGCUUUGGUGGGUUAAAGCACCAACUAUCCGGGGACUUUGCUUUGGAAAGAACUAAAAUCGAUUCGUUCGGUCUCGAAGAUGCGAAGCCACAAGGAGAUGGCCUAAUAACGCCUGGGAAAGGCAUUGGACAUUUAAGGUCUCCUUUUAGAGAGAAUUUUGAUGGUCAUGCGGAUAUUGGCCUUCACGAUACGUUCAGCUUGAGUGAUCGUUUUAAGUUGGCAAGUGGGCUACAACACGGUCAACUUGGGAGCAGUUUAGAUUUCCGAAGAAGAAGGCAUAACAGCGAGGCUGAGAACACGAAAAAAGAAAGCUGAACAAUGAAAUGGAUUUCAGAAAAUGAAACUACCGAUGGACUGUUUAAAAUUGUUUGAUAAUUAUUGUUGAAGAUUUUAUACGGUUUGUUUAUUGUUGUCGCGUUUGAAGAUCUGAACGUUACUGUUUUUUAUUUAGUGUUGCUAUUCUCUUGGCUUCAUCAGCAUUGGCAUGAAAACACUAGGACAGCAACAUAACGGUUGUGAAGUGAAGUAACUCAAUCACUUGACUACCAAGAAAUUUUAUAGUAGAAACGAAAUUUACCCAAAAUAAAACUAUACACCGUU